AGAGACCUCCUCUGGUUGGCUUUUCCUCUGCACGUUACACAAGCUGUUUCGUAAAUUUUAAAAGCUGGCGUUGUGUAAGGACGAGGAUCUCUGCUAAACCUCUGCAGCGAAGACACAUCCUCUCCAUCUCCGCACUCGGACUCAGCUGUCAGGCUGCAGUGACGAUGUGGGCCUCAGGUCUGCUGCUCCUCCUGUUGGUGGGACUCCGGCAUCAGUCUCUCGCCCAGAGCUCCGAGCCCAUGUUCCAGGUCGUAACGCAGACUAUGCUUCCUCCGGACAAUCGUCACAACCCGACACAGCUCAACUACGGGAUGGCCGUGACAGACGUGGACGGUGACGGCGACCUGGAAGUGGUGGUGGCAGGGUACAAUGGGCCCAACCUGGUGCUGAAGUACGAUCGCACUCAGAAGAGGCUGGUAAACAUCGCCACUGACGACAGUACCUCUCCAUACUACGCCCUGAGGGACCGAGCAGGUAACGCUAUCGGAGUUACUGCCUGCGACGUGGAUGGAGACGGACGUGAGGAGAUCUACUUCCUGAACACAAACAACGCCUACUCUGGACGGGCAACUUAUUCGGACAAGCUCUUCAAGUUUCGCAACGGUCGCUUUGAAGAUCUUCUACAUGACGAGGUCAAUGUGCGUCGUGGCGUGGCUAAUAGCAUGGCAGGACGUUCUGUGGCAUGUGUGGACAGAAAGGGGACAGGUCGUUACUCCAUCUACGUGGCCAAUUACGCCAGUGGCAACGUCGGCCCCCACGCUCUCUUAGAAAUGGACGAGGCUGCCAGUGAUGUGAGUAAGGGCGUCAUCGCUCUGUCGGACGUGGCUGCUCAGGCCGGGGUCAACAAGUUCACAGGUGGACGCGGUGUGGUGGUCGGACCGAUCCUGAGCGAGGCCAGGUCUGACGUCUUCUGUGACAACGAGAACGGACCCAACUUCUUGUUUAAGAAUAAGGGAGAUGGGACUUUUGUUGACAUGGCCAGACAGGCAGGUGUGGAGGACACCUACCAGCAUGGCAGAGGAGUAGCACUCGCUGACUUCAAUGGGGAUGGAAAGACGGACAUCGUUUAUGGCAACUGGAACGGCCCACACCGACUUUACCUGCAGGGCACAGACUCAAAAUUUCGGAACGUGGCUACUGGGGGAUUUGCAACCCCCUCCCCUAUUCGCACAGUCAUCGCUGCUGACUUUGAUAACGACAAGGAGCUGGACGUUUUGUUCAACAACAUUGCCUACAGAGGAAACGCCCCCAACAGGCUGUUCAGGGUGGCGAGGAGAACUGAUGCGGAUCCACUGAUCGAGGAGCUUAACGUGGGAGAUGCUGCAGAGCCACAGGGGAGAGGAACAGGUGGAACCGUGACAGACCUGGAUGGGGACGGACAGCUGGAGCUGCUGCUGGCACAUGGAGAGAGCGCCCCGCAGCCAAUAUCUGUCUUCAAGGUCACACAGGGCUCGUCCAAUAACUGGCUGCGGGUCAUCCCUCGCACCCAGUUUGGCUCUUUUGCCCGGGGCGCCAAGGUAACAGCCUUCACCAAUCAGAGUGGAGCUCACACACGCAUCAUUGACGGAGGCUCUGGGUACCUGUGUGAGAUGGAGCCUGUCGCCCACUUUGGUUUAGGAAACGAUGAGGUGAAGGUGCUGCAGGUCUCCUGGCCAGACGGCAGCUCCAUCAGCCGAACCCUUCAGCCUGGUGAGAUGAACUCAGUGGUGGAAGUGACUUAUCCCAGAGAAGGGGAAAUGACUCUGCUUGCCGAUGACACGCAGGUACGCAGUACGGAGCCACAGCAUGAACUAUGAACACGGUGUGGUAAAGGCUUCACUGUCAAGAAUGGCCACUGUGCAGGUCUUUGAGGAGGCAAUACAAUUACUUUGGAAACAGAAAAACUAAACAGAAAAUGGUUUCAAACUUUUUGUCCAGCCCUCAAAAUUAAAAACGUGUUGUUUCCUUUA